AUGUCGACAAUCGACGAUAAAAUCGAUGCGCCCAGCGCUGUGGAUGUGGAGAAGGAGGGCUCGCCUACUCCCGCCAAACAUGUUGACUCGCGCAUUGUGAAACAUUCACACGAUGUUGAUGAGGCUAUGAAAGCGUUUGAGGGGAUCGAAGGGCAAGUGAUUACUAUCGAUGAAGCGACCAAUCGGCGGUUAUUGAAGAUUAUUGACUGGCAUAUGAUGCCGUUGAUGUGCGUUGUCUAUGGGAUGAAUUAUCUAGACAAAACAACGAUAUCAUACGCCAGUGUCAUGGGCCUGAAAACCGACCUGAAUCUUGUUGGCGACAAUUAUCAAUGGCUGGGUAGCUUGUUCUACUUCGGUUACUUGGGAUGGGAGUUCCCAACCUCCCAGCUCCUUCAGCGCAUGCCGUUGGGAAAAUACUCGGCAAUCUCUAUCAUUCUGUGGGGGUUCAUUCUGGCGUGCUUCGCCGGAGUGUCAAAUUUCGGCGGAGCGGUAGCCAUUCGAUUCUUCUUGGGCAUCUUCGAGGCUGCAGUUACUCCAGGAUUUACUUUGCUAACUUCACAAUGGUGGACCAAGCAAGAACAAGGAAAACGCACGGGAAUUUGGUUCAGUUUCAAUGGAGUUGGACAAAUCGUCGGAGGCCUAAUAGCCUACGGAAUUGCAGUCGGAACGCGCGAGCAUGGCUCUUCAAUUGAGCCAUGGAAGAUCAUAUUUUUAGCCACCGGCUUAUUUACCAUCUGCAUUGGAUGUUACUUUUUCUACCUGAUUCCGGACAACCAGCUGAAUGCGAGGUGGCUGUCUCCAGAAGAUCGAAUCCUUGCAGUCGAACGAGUCCGGGUCAACCAGCAGGGUAUCGGAAAUAAACACUUCAAACUUUACCAAUUCAAAGAGGCUCUAUUGGAUCCGAUGGUCUGGGGGUUUGUAUUUUACGCCUUGUUAGCGGAUAUUCCAAAUGGAGGCAUCACCAACUUUUUUAGCCAACUGAUCGUCAGUUUCGGCUACACUGAAGAGCAGAGCCUUCUAUACGGCAUACCAGGUGGAGGUGUCGAGAUAGUUGCGUUGAUUUUGAAUGGCUUUCUCGGAGACUACUUUGGCCAGCGACUGAUAUGCAGCAUGGGAGGUUUGGUGUGCGCGAUUGUCGGCAUGGUCCUCAUUGUUGCUUUGCCUCUAUCCAACAAGGUUGGUAGAUUAAUAGGCUACUACAUGACCCAAGCCAGCCCAACUCCAUUCGUUGCGAUUCUGUCACUCAUCUCGACAAAUGUGGCCGGUUACACCAAGAAAACCACGGUUGCUGCGCUUUAUCUCAUUGCAUACUGCGUGGGAAACAUCAUCGGGCCCCAAGUAUUCCGCCCAAACGAUGCACCACGCUAUGUUCCUGCCGAGAUCACUAUCAUCGUAUGCUACGGCGUAUGUCUGAUCGAUCUCGCAUUUUUAUGGUGGUGGUACAACCGCCAGAACAAUAAAAAGGCGAUAAUUCGGACAGGCGCAGAUUAUAUAAAAUUGGAGAAUCAAGAGUGGCUUGAUUUAACAGACGGGGAGAAUCACGAGUUUGUGUAUUCUCUGUAG